AUGUCUGGGCCCCAGGUGAGACAUUCCAACCCUAACAGCCGCUUGAACCAUCCCAACAAUGUGUCCUUUCUGGUCCAAACUCCACACUGCUCCCAAGACCCUGUGACCAGAGCUAACAGCCUCAAACCUCCCUGCACCUCAAGUGGCUUGGAUUUCAGCAGCUGCAGCAGCUCUUCGGAGCAGUCCAACGGCUCCAGCUCCCCACUUCCAGUGAGGAGAGUCUGCAUGGGCCGGCCCUACAGCUCCAGGUUCGUGGAGACGAGCCACCUGGCGAACCGCCCCAAGGUGGCCAAAAAGCCUGAUUGCCGAGAAAGCCUCCACUGCCUGCUCUGCACAGAUGGUCCCUCAGACCAGUCUAGCCCCACCUUCCUGGACCAACUCAUCAGGGGCAUCAACUACCUUGACAGAUCCACCAACUGCCCCAAAUCACUGAGCCUGCCAAGGCUCGCAGCCAACUACCUAGAACGGGCUGCCAACUCCAUCUACCUGGAUCACCCAGACCACUCUUCCCCCUGCGGUUACCCCAACCCCGGCACCGGCAUGGUCGCCUCUCACACCAGCACCCGCAUGGUGCCGUCCACCAAGGGUGUCCAUGCUUUGCAGUGUAUGGAUAACACCAUCAACACAAGUUGCUCACGCCGGCUGCACAGGGAGGACCUCACUCCGAUGCUGCCACAGGGGCCAGGGAUAAAGCUGCCCGAGCUCCCUUUGUUUGGCAAUGGGAUCUUCUCUUUAGGCCGUCUGCCCAAGCUCUGGGAAGCAAUCCGCACGGGCUGGAAUGCCCCUCUCGAGCCCAUGUCCAAACCCUGUAACUGGUGGUGA